CCCCAGGCUCGCCGUGCCCACGGCUCCGCCCACUCCGGGUCACGCCGCUAGAGGGGCGGAAGCGGCGGCGACGGCGGCGGCGGCUGAGUGGGGCUGCGGCGGGCUGCGCGGCGGGUCCCGCGGUCCAGAGCUCGCACCGGCUCUCGGUGCUCUGAGGUCUCUAAUACAAUGGCAGCCCCUCGCGGGAGGUCAAAGAAAAGAACAGCGUUUGAUCUAACUCCAGAUAGCCUUCCUUUGAGGAGCUCCGGGAGACAGGCAAAGAAAAAAGUAGCAGAGACCGCGGACGAGGAUGAAGAUGGUGUGUCCGAGAAGAAAUACCGGAAGUGUGAAAAGGCAGGCUGCACAGCAACGUGUCCCGUGUGCUUUGCAAGUGCUUCAGAAAGAUGUGCCAAAAAUGGCUACACAUCCCGAUGGUAUCACCUUUCCUGUGGGGAACAUUUCUGCAACGAAUGCUUUGACCAUUACUACAGAAGCCAUAAAGAUGGAUAUGACAAAUAUAUUACGUGGAAAAAAAUUUGGACCAGCAACGGCAAAACGGAGCCCAGCCCCAAAGCAUUCAUGGCCGACCAGCAGCUCCCUUACUGGGUGCAGUGUACAAAACCUGAGUGUAGGAAGUGGAGGCAGCUUACCAAGGAAAUCCAGCUUACUCCACAGAUAGCAAAGACUUACCGGUGUGGUAUGAAACCAAAUACUAUGAAGCCUGAGAACUCAGAUCAUUGUUCCAUGCCCGAGGAUCUGAGAGUGUCAGAAGUUUCCAACCAUUGGUGGUACUCCAUGCUCAUCCUACCUCCUUUGCUGAAAGACAGCGUGGCAGCACCUCUGCUCUCUGCCUACUACCCUGACUGCGUGGGCAUGAGUCCCUCCUGUACCAGCACGAACCGCGCUGCCACUGCCACUGCCACUGCCACCACCACAGCUGCCACUGGUGAUGCCAGCCCAGGGAGGCCGGAGCCCUCCAAGGGGCCCCCUGCUGUGCUUGUUCCAGGCAUGAACCGCUACUUCCAGCCUUUCUACCAGCCCAAUGAGUGUGGCAAAGCCCUGUGUGUGCGGCCUGAUGUAAUGGAACUGGAUGAGCUCUAUGAGUUUCCUGAGUACUCCCGAGACCCCACCAUGUACCUGGCCCUGAGAAACCUCAUCCUGGCCCUGUGGUACACAAACUGCAAAGAAGCUCUUACGCCUCAGAAAUGCAUUCCUCACAUUAUCGUCCGCGGUCUUGUGCGCAUUCGGUGUGUUCAGGAGGUGGAGAGGAUACUUUAUUUUAUGACAAGGAAAGGUCUCAUCAACACAGGAGUUCUUACCGUGGGAGCCGACCAGUAUCUUCUUCCUAAAGACUAUCACAAUAAGUCAGUCAUCAUUGUUGGGGCUGGUCCAGCAGGGCUAGCAGCUGCUAGGCAACUGCAUAACUUUGGAAUUAAGGUAACUAUCCUGGAAGCCAAAGACAGAAUUGGAGGCCGAGUGUGGGAUGAUAAAUCCUUUAAAGGUGUUGUAGUGGGAAGAGGACCCCAGAUUGUCAAUGGCUGUAUUAAUAACCCAGUAGCACUAAUGUGUGAGCAGCUUGGCAUCAGCAUGCAUAAAUUUGGAGAAAGAUGUGACUUAAUUCAGGAAGGUGGAAGAAUAACUGACCCCACCAUUGACAAGCGCAUGGAUUUUCAUUUUAAUGCUCUCUUGGAUGUUGUCUCUGAGUGGAGAAAGGAUAAGACUCAGCUCCAAGAUGUCCCUUUAGGAGAAAAGAUAGAGGAGAUCUACAAAGCUUUCAUUAAGGAAUCUGGCAUCCAGUUCAGCGAGCUGGAAGGGCAGGUGCUCCAGUUCCACCUCAGUAACCUGGAGUACGCCUGUGGCAGCAAUCUCCACCAGGUGUCUGCUCGCUCCUGGGAUCAUAAUGAAUUCUUUGCCCAGUUUGCUGGUGACCAUACUCUCCUAACACCUGGGUACUCUGUAAUCAUUGAGAAAUUGGCUGAAGGGCUUGACAUUCGGCUUCAGUCUCCGGUCCAGAGCAUUGAUUACACUGGAGAUGAAGUGCAAGUCACCACGACAGAUGGCACGGCAUAUUCUGCACAAAAGGUAUUAGUCACUGUUCCACUGGCCAUACUACAGAAAGGUGCCAUUCAGUUUAAUCCACCACUGUCAGAGAAAAAGAUGAAAGCUAUCAACAGCUUGGGCGCUGGCAUCAUUGAGAAGAUUGCCUUGCAAUUUCCAUACAGGUUUUGGGACAGUAAAGUUCAAGGGGCUGACUUUUUUGGCCAUGUUCCUCCCAGUGCCAGCCAGCGGGGGCUCUUUGCUGUAUACUAUGACAUGGAUCCCCAGAAGCAGCAGAGCGUGUUGAUGUCGGUGAUUGCUGGCGAGUCAGUGGCAUCAAUUCGGACCCUGGAUGACAAGCAGGUGCUGCAGCAGUGCAUGACCACCCUGCGGGAGCUGUUCAAGGAGCAGGAAGUCCCAGACCCCACAAAGUAUUUUGUCACUCGAUGGAGCACAGAGCCAUGGAUCCAGAUGGCGUACAGUUUUGUGAAGACAUUUGGAAGCGGGGAGGCCUAUGAUAUCAUUGCUGAAGAAAUACAAGGAACUGUCUUUUUUGCUGGCGAGGCAACAAACAGGCAUUUUCCACAAACGGUUACAGGCGCUUAUUUGAGUGGUGUUCGAGAAGCAAGCAAGAUUGCAGCCUUUUAAAUAGAAUUUGUCUGGACCCAGCUUUCUCCUGUACCCCAAAUGGGAGUUUGAAACAGGUUAAACCUCAAUUUUGUGUGUGUGUCCGUGUGCGCGCCUGCUCUAGGUAGCAAAUCUAAAAUGUUUCAGAAGUGUUCUGAAAAUGUAAACCCAAUUUACCACUCUGAAAGCACUGCCCCCAAAGUCCGUCUAAGCACUUAUAUUUAAUUGCAUUUUCUACAGGGCCAACUAGUGCUAAAGUCCUCCAGAUUUCAGAAUAAGGGAGAAUAUAACCUUAAGUUGAAACUUAGGUAAGAUUCUUCCAUGAUUGGAGAUUUCCUUGAGACUAGAUAUUUUGUUGGGCUGAUGAAUUUUCAUACAUUACGAUACCAAGUAAAUCAAGCAGGAAUCAUUAACAAACUAGAUAAAGCCAUGUUUUUGUUCUGUGAAAACUUACUAGUAUCUUUACCAAUAAGCCUUAAUAUUUUUAUAUAGCUCCAGUAUUAACCUGUACUUAAAAAAUCUAGAUAGAACUUUCUUUUUGAUAUACCACAAACUCUCUGAAGGCAAAAUGAAGUUUCUAGAAGACUAUUUUGUACUGUACAUGUUUUUUCCCAUUGGGUAUUCAAAAAGAAACUAAAUUCAGGUAUUUCUUGAAGUGGCUUGUAUUUAUGCACUCAUUGGCAAAACAGCAAAAAAUCUCAAUCCAUUAAACAGCAUAUAAGCCAUAUAACAGAACAGGUUGCUGAGUGUGGUCUGUAUGCUGUAAGCAAAGUACAGCUGUUUUUCUUAAAGCCAAAUUUGAGUAGGUAGCAGAUUUUUGAUACCCUUAAGUUUUGGCAACCACUAGCAAAGACACUGUCUGAAUAAAAAUCCCAUCUCAUUUUUUAAAAGUGGAUUCAAUUUCUGGGAAUUAUUUCUGUUGUUGUUGCAUAACUUUGUUUUCCAUAGGCAGGUCCACUGGAAAACUAUAAAAAUGUGGGUUAUCCUGGUAAAUGUAUUUUAUAAGCUAUAUUUAUGAGCCUGACAUGGCCAGAUUUUUCCUUUUUUUUUACUUUUAACAAACAUGUUCAAUAAACAUUGGUUUCAAGGUUCUUCAGGAUGCCUAUGUUGCCAAGAAACUUCAAUUUACAAGUUAGAAAUGUGCUUUUGUUUUAAAAAGUCUAUUAACAACUUUGAAUUGUAUUGAUGUUUUAAUAAAGGAGCUAAAAUGACUUUACAGCCACUUUUCAAAAUAUUUGGUAUUUUUGAAAUUUAAAGUAGAUCAGCUUGUAAGUAGAAAGUAAAUAAUCUUACGCAAAGAAUGUACAGUGAACUUUAUUUUAAGACAUUCCCUUAUCAAAAUAUGAUACAAAAGAAAGUCAAUUGCUGUAUAUUUCAAAGUAAAGACAGGGAAAUGGUGGUAUUUAGGUUGAGACUCAUUGGUAUUGAUUAGGAAGUAUUCAGCUUAAAAGUGUUAUGUAGUAAGACGUAGCAUGUGCAAGAUGUUGUUUGACAUGGUUCACAGUAAAUUAUUAUUUCAGUUUCUUCUUUUGGGCACUUAAACUUGUACUGUGCUACCUACAAGUAGGGAAAAACCUACUUAAUGUGUGGUACAUGUAUUUAAAAACUUGCUUCUCAUUUUUCAAGUGAUGUACUUCAUUUGACAUUUUGUUAAUGAACAAUGGUACUUCUGCGUUUUGAGUUUUCAAUGUUGUCUGAAGAUCUUGGAAUUGAGCAGCAGUGAACACACAUGUUUACAGUGACUUCACUUCAGAUCAUGAGUAGCUGGUUGUGCAUAACUACUUAAUAAAAACUAGACCUGUUUUUCAAAUA